AUGAAGUUCUGCAAAAAAUACCAGGAAUACAUGCUAGGCCAAGAGAAGAAGCUUCCAGGCGUAGGAUUCAAGAAGCUCAAGAAAAUCUUGAAGAAGUGCAGGAAAAACUCUCCACCCCAGAAACCCCUUAAUGCAUCUCUUGCCACCAAAACCUGCCCCGACCAUUGCCCAGUGUGCGAUGGAACCUUCUUCCCUUCCCUUCUCAAUGAAAUGUCAGUUGUAGUCGGGUGUUUUAAUCAGCGUGCACAGAAAUUGUUGGAGCUACAUCUUGCUUCUGGCUUCAGAAAGUACUUUUUUUGGAUCAAAGGCAAAUUGCGAGGGAAACAUACUGCUCUGAUUCAAGAAGGCAAAGAUCUUGUCAUUUAUGCUCUCAUAAAUGCCAUUGCAAUCCGAAAAAUACUGAAGAAAUAUGAUAAGAUUCAUUAUUCCAAGCAAGGACAAUUAUUCAAGUCGCAGGUUCAGAGUAUGCACAAGGAGAUUCUUCAGAGUCCCUGGCUUUGUGAGCUUAUGGCCUUCCACAUCAAUUUAAGGGAAACUAAGGUCAAGUCGCGGAAGGCACAUGCUUUGUUCGAUGGAUGUUCUCUCACAAUUAAGGAUGGGAAACCAUCGCUUACUUGUGGGCUCUUUGAUUCUAUCAAAGUGGACAUUGACUUGACUUGUUCUAUAUGCUUGGACACAGUGUUUGAUCCAGUUUCUCUGACUUGUGGCCACAUAUUCUGCUAUAUUUGUGCUUGCUCGGCUGCAUCAGUAUCUAUUGUUAACGGACUUAAGUCUGCAGACUCUAAAAGGAAGUGUCCUCUCUGCCGUAAGGGCGCAGUAUAUAAAGGUGCUGUGCACUUGGAAGAACUAAAUAUUUUGUUAGGCAGAAGCUGUCAGGAAUACUGGGAGCAGAGGCUUCGGACAGAGAGAGUGGAGAGGAUUAAGCAAAUAAAGGAACACUGGAAUUCACAGUGUAGGGCAUUUGUGGGCGUCUAA